GCCUCCUCGCGCGAGCGGCGCGCGCGCCCCCGUGGGCCCGGGCAAGAGGAGAGUCGGCGGCCGGAGCCGUCACCCUGGGCUGGACCGAGCGCAGGCGACUAAGCGCGGCGGCCCGGCCGAGGGAGGGAGAGAGCGAGCGGGCGGGCGAGCCAGAGAGCGGACGGGAGGCAGCCGCUGGCGCCUGAGGGGCCAAGCGAGAUUGUAAACCAUGGCUGUGUGGAUACAAGCCCAGCAGCUCCAAGGAGAUGCCCUUCAUCAGAUGCAAGCAUUGUAUGGUCAACAUUUCCCCAUUGAGGUGCGGCAUUACUUAUCCCAGUGGAUUGAAAGCCAAGCUUGGGACUCAAUAGAUCUUGAUAAUCCACAGGAGAACAUUAAGGCCACCCAGCUCCUGGAGGGCCUGGUGCAGGAGCUGCAGAAGAAGGCAGAGCACCAAGUGGGGGAAGAUGGGUUCUUACUGAAGAUCAAGCUGGGGCACUACGCCACGCAGCUCCAGAACACGUAUGACCGCUGCCCCAUGGAGCUGGUCCGCUGCAUCCGCCAUAUUCUGUACAAUGAACAGAGGCUGGUCCGAGAAGCCAACAAUGGUAAUUCUCCGGCUGGAAGUCUCGCUGAUGCCAUGUCCCAGAAACACCUUCAGAUCAACCAGACAUUUGAGGAGCUGCGACUGGUCACGCAAGACACAGAGAAUGAGCUGAAGAAGCUGCAGCAGACUCAAGAGUACUUUAUCAUCCAGUAUCAAGAGAGCCUGAGGAUCCAGGCUCAGUUUGCCCAGCUGGCCCAGCUGAACCCCCAGGAGCGUCUGAGCCGGGAGACGGCCCUCCAGCAGAAGCAGGUGUCCCUGGAGGCCUGGCUGCAGCGCGAGGCCCAGACGCUGCAGCAGUACCGCGUGGAGCUGGCCGAGAAGCACCAGAAGACCCUGCAGCUGCUGCGGAAGCAGCAGACCAUCAUUCUGGACGACGAGCUGAUCCAGUGGAAGCGGCGGCAGCAGCUGGCGGGGAACGGAGGGCCCCCCGAGGGCAGCCUGGACGUGCUACAGUCCUGGUGUGAGAAGUUGGCGGAGAUCAUCUGGCAGAACCGGCAGCAGAUCCGCAGAGCUGAGCACCUCUGCCAGCAGCUGCCCAUCCCCGGCCCCGUGGAGGAGAUGCUGGCUGAGGUCAACGCCACCAUCACAGACAUCAUCUCAGCCCUGGUGACCAGCACGUUCAUCAUCGAGAAGCAGCCCCCUCAGGUCCUGAAGACCCAGACCAAGUUCGCAGCCACCGUGCGCCUGCUGGUGGGUGGGAAGCUGAACGUGCACAUGAACCCCCCCCAGGUGAAGGCCACCAUCAUCAGUGAGCAGCAGGCCAAGUCGCUGCUCAAGAACGAGAACACCCGCAAUGAUUACAGCGGGGAGAUCUUGAACAACUGCUGUGUGAUGGAGUAUCACCAGGCCACGGGCACCCUCAGCGCCCACUUCAGGAACAUGUCCCUGAAACGAAUUAAGAGGUCUGACCGUCGUGGAGCGGAGUCGGUGACAGAAGAAAAAUUUACAAUCUUGUUUGAAUCACAGUUCAGUGUUGGUGGAAAUGAGCUGGUUUUUCAAGUCAAGACCCUGUCCCUCCCGGUGGUGGUGAUUGUUCACGGCAGCCAGGACAACAAUGCGACGGCCACUGUUCUCUGGGACAACGCUUUUGCAGAGCCUGGCAGGGUGCCGUUUGCAGUGCCUGACAAAGUCCUGUGGCCGCAGCUGUGCGAGGCGCUCAACAUGAAAUUCAAGGCCGAAGUGCAGAGCAACCGGGGCCUGACCAAGGAGAACCUCGUGUUCCUGGCGCAGAAGCUGUUCAACAGCGGUAGCAGCCACCUCGAGGACUACAACGGCAUGUCCGUGUCCUGGUCCCAGUUCAACAGGGAGAAUUUACCAGGACGGAAUUACACUUUCUGGCAGUGGUUUGACGGUGUGAUGGAAGUGUUAAAAAAACAUCUCAAGCCUCAUUGGAAUGAUGGGGCUAUCUUGGGUUUCGUGAACAAGCAACAGGCCCACGACCUACUCAUUAACAAGCCUGACGGGACCUUCCUGCUGAGGUUCAGUGACUCUGAAAUCGGUGGCAUCACCAUUGCUUGGAAGUUUGAUUCUCAGGAAAGAAUGUUUUGGAAUCUGAUGCCUUUUACCACCAGAGACUUCUCCAUCCGGUCCCUGGCUGACCGCUUGGGAGACCUGAGUUACCUUAUCUACGUGUUUCCUGACCGGCCAAAAGAUGAAGUGUACUCCAAAUAUUACACCCCAGUUCCCUGCGAGCCUGCCACUGCUAAAGCAGUGGACGGGUACGUGAAGCCACAGAUCAAGCAAGUGGUCCCUGAGUUUGUGAGCGCCUCUGCGGACUCUGCCGGGGGCAGCGCCACCUACAUGGACCAGGCCCCCUCCCCAGCCGUGUGCCCCCAGGCUCAUUAUAACAUGUACCCACAGAACCCUGACCCCGUCAUUGACAACGAUGGGGACUUUGAUCUGGACGACACGAUGGACGUGGCACGGCGUGUGGAGGAGCUCUUAGGCCGACCUAUGGACAAUCAGUGGAUCCCCCAUGCACAGUCGUGACCCCCCGUGGCCACCGCCAGCUUCUUCAUCCUCGCCGGAGGAGUUACUUUUGUGGAUGUUUUAAUUCCAUGAAUCGCUUCUCUUUGGAAACAAUACUCAUAAUGUGAAGUGUUAAUACUAGUUGUGACUUUAGUGUUUCUGUGCAUGGUGGUACCAGUGAAGGGAAUGUGAGUGUGUGGGUGUGGGUGUGUGUGUGUGUGAGAUUGCACGUUGGGCUGUUUCUUCCCCUUGCUGUCCGGAGUUUAGCUGCAGCACUGGGGCCACAAACAGAGGCUGUGGUUGUUUUAACCUUGUGCAGAAAGGCAGUUAGUUCCAUGAACCCUGGAACUUGGCCAUGUGUUUUAAGGGUGGCUGAACUUUGACAUGUGGCUGUUCAAGUGAGAGAAGGACAGAGGGAGGUGAAAGCACCUCGUGUCUGGUGAAUCUUUGUCACUGCGUCUGCCAAGCCAUUGAUACAUAAACAUGAUUGUCUCCACUUUUCUUCUGAAACGUAGAAGCUGCCUUUUCACAAAGAAAACCAGUCCUCCCUCCUUCCCUGUCCCCCAAUUCCCGUUUUCCUCGGUAGGGAUGGGAGAAGGGGGGACAUACCAGCAAUCGCUGGGGCAAGGGAAGACGUGGGUUUUCUGAUGGGUAGUGGCUUUUUAAAUAACCCGUAACCCAUCUAAAUGUUCUCUGCCUCUCCCGCUGACUCCCAGCCCCCAUGGAGUUGCCGCCUAGUCCCUAUGUGCGUACACAUGUGCAGACACGUUUGAUGAAGUAGAGGAAAGAAAAGAGAGUCACAUAACUAGAGCUUACAGUGUUGAUGUCCUUUGUGUCGUGGCCAGAGUGGACUGCCCAGCCCCGGCUCGCAGGCGCUGAGAACGUUGUCUUGUUACCCGGGAGUGGCCGUCCAGUCUGCCUGUCCUUCCUCUGUGCUGGUAGAGGCACAAGCGAGGCUUUCCAAAGGCUUAUUGAUAACGGCUUUUUGCAAAGGUUGAAUGGUGUUUUUGUUUCCAAAUUGGGACUUGUUUUUCCCUUCCCACCCUAAUUUGACAUCAGAAUUCUUUCUUCCUGCGUCAGGUCCUGUGCCAUUGAGACGCAGGUCACCUCUUUUCCCUUCACUGUUCGCACACAAUGUCUUGGGGAGUGGGUGGCAGGAAUGCGGGCUGAACCCAGGACCAGUGCGCUGCCACCCUGGUGCAGGGUGCUGGGUGUCGGCAUUUGGUAAUUUGGGGAAAUGCAGUCAGCGAGUUUGCUGAGAAGUUUGCUUUGCAAAAACAAAGCAAAACCAAAAAUCCUCGGCAUAACCUUAUCCAAAGUUUCUUCCGUGGCUUUACACCAGAAGGAAGGAAUGGGCCAUGGCAGGCAGGUGGGAAGAGGGGGAAGCAGGUAUAACUUUGGGGUUAGGCCCGUGAGGUCACCCCCCGCCCCCCUCCAAAAGAAGGGCCUGACCACACCCAGGAGAGAAUGGCCCUAAAAACAUUAUUUUUAUACAUGUGAGUAAAUAAACAUAUUUUUUUUACAAAAAUAACUUCUGAAUUUAUCAGCGUUUUGACGUUAAAGGAAAAUAUUCCUCUGUAGUAAAUUAUUUAUUGAAAGAGGACUUUUUACAAGCUGCUCUUUGCCCUAGCUUGGUUUCAUACACUGAUUUAUUUUUCUGUGCCGGGCAGUAGACCGUCUCUGCCUCUGAGGAGCAGGCUGACCCCUCCGUGGAUGCCAGCACCGACGCAGGAUGCUGCGAAGCCCCUUACGUCCCCUCAAGAUUUGAUUAAAAUCCCCCCUGAGGAUGGGAGUGUUGGGGAAAGAUAGGAAGCCUAGCUGCUCCUGGACUCAAAGAGACCUCUCGUGUGCCCGACACCCGGCACCCUGAGUGCCGGCCCUGGUUGUCACAGCAGCCCUGGGGGGCAGGGAUUGACCCACUUUCAGAUGAGCAGUGGGCCUAGCCGCAGGCGUGCCAAGGGCAGAGAUCUCACUGCAUAGUUAGCGCUGGGGUUGGGGGGACGGGUUCCCACGAGAGUGGCUGCCCCGAGCCUGGGGUUCCCGCGCACGUCCAGUGGCUGAGCUGUCCUCCGUUCUCCUGAGGCUAUGCCUGUAGAUGGGAGAGAUUUUUGACUGAAAGGUGCGCUUGCUAUCUGCAUAUAUCUUCUGUCUUCUCCCUGUUCUGCAAACCACAAGGAGAGGUGACGGCACGUCUUGACGGCCUCAGCCUCUCACUCGCUCCCAGACACACACAUGCACGUCAUCAAAAUGUUUCAAUGUGUGGUAUGUGCAGGGCUUUGUAGGGGGUGGGAGGAAGACUAAAAGUGAAUAUAACUUAAAAUGGAAACAUACUUUUUAUAAUUUUUCUUUAUAAAACUUCGUGAAAUUAUUUCAGAUACAGAUUUUAGUGUUGAGGCAGGUUAGUAUAUAGGCACCAAAAAAGUAUUGUGUACAAUUUGGGGCAGUCACAAAACUGUGUAUUUUAUGUUACAAUAAAUACUUCCUCUAAAUGGACAA